AAUAUAGAAGAUCGAAGCUACGCGAACCUAAAGUUAAUUCCGGAGUCGUGUGUUCAGCCUGUCUUCUUCCCUUAGCAUGAGAGUUAGAGGCAUUCAGAACCUGUGAAUGAAAAGCGCCAAAAUUUCUCUUCAGUCCUUCAACUUCCCCAGGAAUGGCUACACCAUUUCUUGCUGGUCUUGCUGUAGCUGCUGCAGCACUUGCAGGCAGGUAUGGCGUCCAAGCAUGGCAAGCAUUCAAGGCGCGACCCCCAAAACCCAGAGUGCGUAGGUUCUAUGAUGGUGGUUUCCAACCUACAAUGACAAAGAGAGAAGCAGCUCUAAUAUUAGGCAUCAGGGAAAAUGCAACUGCAGACAAGGUUAAAGAAGCACACAGAAGAGUAAUGGUUGCAAAUCAUCCUGAUGCGGGUGGAAGUCAUUACCUCGCUUCCAAAAUAAAUGAAGCAAAAGAUGUCAUGCUAGGGAAGGCAAAGGGAACUGGAUCUGCAUUUUAACACACAGUUGCAAUGUCUUAAUUCUAGACAUUAACCCAAAGUUAUAAAUAUUUACUCUGUUUUGAGGAAUUCAUUUAGUGUGUAAACAUUGUAGUCUUCCCGUGAUUUUGGUUCCUUUUAGAUAAUGAAAAUCCGAAGUUUCCUUUCCUUUGUACAUAGAUGGUGGAGACUUCUCAAAGCCCCUAGAUAUUUAGUUCCUGUCAAAUGUUGCAAUAAUGAGUGGUAAUGAAACACUCGGUAUGGUUCCUUGGGAGAAUUGUAUUGUAUAGUUUUUCUUCUU